ACAUCAGCCAAACGUCAUCGAUCUAGGAUGAUCGUCCAUAUUCUUUCGUCGAGGAAGACUAGAAACUUUGUGUUGGACAAACAUUACAGUCCCAUCGUCUACUUCGAAGUAGUGCGAUAACCAAAUGAGCGACGAUGUCUGAUGAGCGCUUACGUUCUUCUCGCUUCAACGGGGUGGUAGGUGUAGCAACAAAACACUAUUCACAGUGGAGUGCAGCUGCAAAGCUUAUCAAAGAUAUUAUGCCUGUCAAUUGGAGUUUAGUCCGAUCUCCAACUCCGGCCAAUCAUGAACAAUCUCCGCUCUCGGAAUUAAAACGGAAUCGAGAAUUCAUGAGCCCUCGACAACACACCACCUCCAUCGUUUUCAUCUCUCCUGACACCUCGGAGGCUGUUCGAAAUGUUACGAAGGAAUGGAAAGCCGAGGUCUUGCGAGCCAUGUCGCAUCUCAAAGAUCCGAUGCGACCACACAACGCCAACGUGUACAAAAUGUCAAAACAGGGGCAUUACCGAUCAAUGCUUCUACCAUGAUGCGCCCAUGACCAAGCCGGUUGGCACGCCUCGCAAGAAACCUGAGCCUCGUCGUCGGAGAGCAGAGGCUCGGUUUGGCGAGGUACAGGCCCCCCGGAAUCAUGGAGUACUUUCCUCACUUGCUUUGAGUCCUCCGACGCUCAGAAAUGACACUGGAACUGUUCCCGUCAGUAACUCUUGGUCGACGCCGUCUGCGACCACCACCACACAAGCUGAGACAGAUUCAGAGCCGGUGAGAAGCUUCUACCUAGGCUCAACUAGCUACGCAAGCGUGUUCACUGAAGAACGGCCACUACCAGACGCAGUACAUGAGCAACCACGAGAACGGAUAAACAUCACGCCUUCAUCUUCAGCCCAGAACAUGGGAACUCGACAUUGUCAGUUUGGCAUUGGUCACUCGAUCGUAUCGCAGUUGGCACCAUUCUCCUUUUUCGAGAAGUCAGUGCAUAUGUAUUUCAGCACUCGUAUGGCUUCCGCUCUAGUCGGACCCCUUAUCUUGUCGGCCCUGCCUCAAUUGCGUGAUGAUUUAGAGCUGCUCAAAGCCGCCGGCAGCAACCCAUAUCCAAUGUAUGCUGAAAUGAUAAGAAACACGAUCAGACCCCUGCGAGUACCGUCCACGAUGCUUCCAUCGGAGUUUUUCACCUUGUUCACAGGAACCAACUUGAGAUGGGAAAGUCUAGGCUUGGUUCUGGCCAUAGCUGGCUACAACGCGCAGUUCAUCCCUCCCAACGACUCUUUCUUUACGCUGGAUGAUGGGACGAAGAUAGAUCGGGAUGUCUUUAUUGAGGAUAUCAUACAUACCACUAACGAUUGUAUCAACCUUUGUCAGACACAUGGCGCUGUCAACGAUAUUAUGGUUUGGCUUAUCUACAUCAAUGCGCACGUCGUGAAUCACGGAACAUGGAAGCGAUUGAGCGACACUGUGUCCGCGCUAUAUGCUGCUGGUAUGCACUGCGAAGGAGGAUACAGCGCAACAAACAGUGAACCCAUGUUUCUUCGCGAGUCAAGACGAAGAACAUAUUCAGCUGUGUACCGGUCAGAUAAGAUGAUGGCGGUAUUUUUCGGCCGUCCUCCAUUGAUGGCAUGGAGAUAUAGCGACCGCAAACAGAUACUUGACGUCGCCGACGAUAUCAUAGCUGCGGACGAUCCAAACAUCGUCAAGGAAGCCCUUUCAAAGCUGGAUAGCGCAGGAUGGAAUACCGAGGGUCACAUGUACUCUGCUACGCUCAUCAGGCUCCGCUGUCAGCACGCCAUCUUCAAGGAACGACUCCUGGAACAAAGUCUUGCUGGCGAGAAGGACAGCGAAGUCGUUCGCAACCUACGCAUCAUAUCGGCUGAAUGUACCCAGUUCUGGGAAACCCUUCCAGCACACCUCCGCUACGAGAUGUAUGAUGAAGAUGGAGCAUGGAGUGGUCUCGGACCAGCCACCACCCUACGUUUGAUCACUGUUUAUCUCGAGUAUCUGCACAUGCAUUUCCAAAUGCAGCGACUUCUCCACCGACAAACCCAAGACGCCCUCCCGGCUUUAUUGGAAGUAUCCUUGAAACUGCUCACGACAUCCCUUGUAAUUACAAAGCCAAACAAUGGCAUAUACGAAAUACGAAGACACUUUCCGACUGUCAUUUUGUUCUACUGCUUCCCUGCUGCUGGUAUGCUUGCGCUGGAGCUUAGAAGAUGCACUAUCGACGGCGUGCCGCUUCCCAACACAGUCUCGCGCGCUGAUGUGAUCCGCAAGCUCUCGGUGUUGACUUCGUGCCUGGAAGGUAUUGUCUUGCCAGGUGAUGGGAAUCACAAACUCUGCAGCGAGUUGAACAAGAUGCUUGCCCUGGUCUUGGACGAGGUUCUCAACUACCAGCCCCCUGCUAAUUCGGGCCAAGGGAAUGCAGGCGUGAUGGCAGGAUCAGCACCUGGGCCAGGGUUUUUCGAUCUGCCCAUGAUUGAAGGGAUGGAGCCAAUCCCAACGGAGGCUGAGGACUUUUUGAAUUGGCUGGACAACGCUGAUUGGGGGAACACUGUAAGACUACUUGGCAAGCCGCGAUAUGAAGAGUGA